AUGCCCAGACGAAACAGUCCUGGGAAGCCGCCCGUCCUUGCUGCAAAGGGCGGCCUGGAUGUGCUCGUGGCUGGGCAGCUCCCCCAGGUCCCCCAGGGCGGCCACUGCCGGCUUCUUUCGCAGCACCUUCGUCGCCACCCGACCCGCUUGACGUCUUCUGCGCUCACCUUGCCCGUGGGAAAGGGAACCCAAGGCCACCAGCAGCUCAUUGGCUGCUCUGGGUGCGGCGGCGGCGGUGAUUGGCGGGAGGACGGGGCCGCGAGAGGCUGGAGGCUUCCGCCUUCCCCCGUCGCGGGCCUCGGCCUCCCCUCAGGGAAGGGAACGGAGGCCCCGCCCGCCUCUCCUCCUCCUCCUCCCCCCCCCCUUUGCCCUCUCGCCCUUCAGGGGGACGGCCGCGUCCGGCGGAGGAAGGAGGCGAAGCCGAGCGGAGAGGAGGGAGCCCGCACAGGAGCCCCCCGGUCCGGGCCGCGGCGGCGGGAAAGGUGUGGACCCGGUGGAACUGCCGAAGGGCCGCCCAACGAGAUGAUCCAGAGCGAGGAGGGACCCCGUGGAAGGAGGGGGCCCGGGAAGCGAUGCGGGACGGCGGAGGGCGUCGGAAUAGGCGGGGAAAAUCACCCAGGAGAGAAGCCCUAUAAAUGCCUGGAGUGUGAAAAGAGCUUCAGUGUGAGGGGAAGCCUCAAUAAACAUCAAAGAAUCCAUUCAGGAGAGAAGCCCUAUAAAUGCCUGGACUGUGGAAAAAGCUUCAAUCAGAUAGGAAAUCUCAGGAUACAUCAAAGAAUUCACACAGGAGAAAAACCCUACAAAUGCCUGCAGUGUGGAAAGAGUUUCAGAGCGGGAGGAUAUCUCAGUCAACAUCAAAAUAUUCACACGGGAGAAAAACCGUAUAAAUGCCUGGAGUGUGGAAGGAGCUUCAGUGACAGGGGAAGCCUUAAUAAACAUCAAAGAAUUCAUUCAGGAGAGAAACCCUAUAAAUGCCUGGAAUGUGGAAAAAGUUUCAAUCAGAUAGGAAACCUCAAAAUACAUCAAAGAAUUCACACGGGAGAAAAACCCUUCCAAUGCCUGGAGUGUGGAAAGAGUUUCAGAUCGAGAGGACAUCUCAAGAUACAUCAAAAAAUUCACACGGGAGAAAAACCCUAUAAAUGUCUGCAGUGUGGAAAGAGUUUCGGUCUUAGUUUCAGCCUUAAUACACAUCAAAGAAUCCAUUCAGGAGAGAAACCCUAUAACUGCCUGGAAUGUGGAAAAAGUUUCAGUCAGAUAGGAAAUCUCACAAUACAUCAAAGAAUUCACACAGGAGAAAAACCCUAUAAAUGCCUGGAGUGCGGAAGGAGCUUCAGUCAGAGUGGAAGCCUUGAUAAACAUCUAAGAAUCCAUUUAGGAGAGAGACCAUAUAAAUGCUUGGAGUGUGGAAAGAGUUUCAGAUCGAGAGGAGAUCUCAGGGCACAUCAAAGAAUUCACACGGGAGAAAAACCCUAUAAAUGCCUGGAGUGCGGAAGGAGCUUCAGUCAGAGUGGAAGCCUUGAUAAACAUCUAAGAAUCCAUUUAGGAGAGAGACCAUAUAAAUGCUUGGAGUGUGGAAAGAGUUUCAGAUCGAGAGGAGAGAUCAGGAUACAUCAAAGAAUUCACACGGGAGAAAAGCCCUAUAAAUGCCUGGAGUGUGGAAUUGGCUUCAGUUGCAGUGGAAGCCUUUGUACGCAUCAAAGGAUCCAUUCAGGGGAGAAACCGUAUAAAUGCCUGGAGUGCGGAAAGAGCUUUACUCAGACUGGACAGCUCAGGGUACAUCAAACAGUUCACACAGGAGAAAAACCCUAUAAAUGCCUGGUGUGCGGAAGGAGCUUCAGUGUGAGGGGAAGCCUUUAUUACCAUCAAAGAAUCCAUUCAGGGGAGAAAUCAUAUAAAUGCCUGGAGUGUGGAAAAAGUUUCCAUUGGGUAGGAUAUCUCAGGAUACAUCAAAGAAUUCACACGGGAGAAAAGCCCUAUAAAUGCCUGGAGUGUGGAAAGAGUUUCAGAUCGAGAGGAGAUCUCAGGAAACAUCAAAGAAUUCACACAGGAGAAAAGCCCUAUAAAUGCCUGGAGUGUGGAAUCGGCUUCAGUUGCAGUGGAAGCCUUUGUACGCAUCAAAGGAUCCAUUCAGGGGAGAAACCGUAUAAAUGCCUGGCGUGCGGAAGGAGCUUCAGUCACAAUGUGGGUCUCAGUAAACAUUAUAAACUUCACACAGAGAAAAAAGUUUAUAAAUGCACAGAGUGUAAAAAAUCCUUCAAAAGAAAUGGAAAUCUCCAAAACCAUAUUAGAAUCCACACAGGAGAGAAACCAUAGAAAUGGACAGAGCGUGGCUAAAAUCUCCAGUAACCAGCAAAGUCAGUGCAGUCCUGGAUGCUGAGAAACUCAUUGACUAUUUAUACACAGACACUUUUUACAAUCUAAUACAAAUAAAUCUAUUAAGGCACAGGUGUGCAUACUUACCCUUCAUAGCCAUCUCAACGUGUGUGUGUCAACUUUAGUGUAUGCUGUAUUAUCAGCCCAAACAAUCAAGGGUAUGCCAACUUCUGAACGCGACCAUUUUACUGUUUCCUUUAUUGCUAUGGUUUGCUUAACGAUUGUGCUGUUGUAAGGUGCCUACUAGUUUAAUUUG